AUGAAGUCCCUGGCCCACAACUUCGCACUGGGGCCGGGGGCAUACCUCAAGAACGGUUGGAACUGGAUCGACCUGCUCGCCACUGCCAGCGGCUACGUGCGCUACCUGCCUCUGCCGGACGACAGCGGAGCCGGGCUGUCCGGGGUGCGGGCCAUGCGGGCGCUUCGGCCGCUGAGGGCACUCAGCGCAAUACCAGGUCUCCGGCUGCUGGUGGAGACGCUGCUCGAGGCGCUGCCCCUGCUGCUGGACGUCAUCUUCCUGCUAGCCUGGGUGUUCUUCGUGUUCGGGAUUGUGGCGCUGAACCUGUUCAUGGGCAAGCUGCACAGCAGGUGUGUAUGGCCCGCGUUGACACCCGCGGAGCCACCGCCGGGAGCGACAGGGGCCCCGGCGGACCCGCCGUACGGCCCGGGGGCAGCGUCGCCGCCGCAGCAGCAGCCCCAGCUGGUGCCCGGUUUGGAGAACACGCCUUGUGCAGUGGGCGGUGCGGGGCUGUUCAAAUGCCCAGACGGUUCCUCCUGCAUCGACAUCAACACGAACCCCAACUUCGGCUACACCUCCUUUGACAACUUCGGCGCAGCAGCCUUUUGCAUCUUCCAGAUGCUGACCCUCGACGGCUGGACGUCCAACUUGCUCUGGAACGGCAUGCAGGCCCGUGGUACGGCAGCCGUACUUUACUUCGUGACUUGGAUUAUACUGGGCAACUUCGUACUGCUGACGCUCUUUCUGGCCAUUCUCAUCACCAACUUCCAGGUAUGUGAGCGCGUCGGGGUAUGA